AGCAAUCUUCACAAGAUAUUUCCAAUUGUCAUUACAUGUCAUUGAAUUUUUGUGUAAAAACAAGGGAACACAAAGAUAAUUAACAAAAUAAUGUAAGCUGUCGUGUCAGUGGGCCAAAAUCAAUACAUUAACAUGACUUUGUAACAUUUGACUGUCACUUCUAAUAUCUUGAAUUCGUAAAUCGUUCUGUGAAACUGUGCAUUUAAUUGUAUUUAAUUGUUGAAAUAUGACAUUGAUAGAAGGGAUUGGUGACGAAGUUACGCAUUUCUUUUUGGGUUUACUUAUAGUUUUUAUAGUUUCGGUUGCUUGGUGGACUACAAACAUAUCAGAGCAAAGACACAUUCGCACUGUACUUUUAUUAGAAAGGAGGCAGAGGAAUCCAUCUUCAGCCCGCAGAACACUAACUAAUCACACCCAGACUGUUACGAUAUCAGAAGGAACGACAGUAUCUCGCACAUCUUCAGAAAACAAUUUAACAAACCAAAUGGAAGAAACACCUGCAUCUGUCGUAAAUCCGACCUCCAUAAAACCGGAGACCAGCUCGAAUUCCACGGCGGACCCGGAGGAGGGCGAACGUGGCAGCAUUAUACAUGCCAUGGACCAGGACGCGUGUGUUCUGCGUCAGCGCAGACUCGCCUUCUAUCAUAAUUGGAACUCAGUCAACAACGGUGGUACGGCACCGCCGCCAUCUGACGAUGAAAUUCCGCUGUCUGACAGUGAGACACCGCAGCCAGACUCUGCGUCGACUACGCACGCGCAGACUGAUAGUUUACCGGAAGAGAAUUUGAUGGAACACAACUACGCGGAGAGACAACCCAUGGCCACUCACAGCCAAGUUGGUGUCGAAGCUGAAACUAUAACAACUACGACAAGCGCUACCCAAGUGCCUUUGGUUAUUCCAGAUAAGGAUAACAUACGGAUCAAGCUUAAGUUCAUUAACGACGAUCUCAUGCAUGUCACUGGUAAUUUAGAGGAGAAAGUUGGCGAUUUUAAAAGGCGCCAUUUCCGGGAAGAGAUCGACUCUAACAAGCUGGUGCGACUGAUAUUCAACGGCCACGUGUUGCAUCAAGACACCCAAACGUUGCGUGGCUGUGGCAUGUUCGACGAUUGUGUCGUGCACUGUCUAAUUCACACGCGCCGCGCACCUAAUGCUGCUGAGGUCGGUGCGACCGGCAGGGUGCAGGAUGACGAGGCCGCAGGUGGUCCUAUCAACGGAAACCUGAACAACAAUCAACCACGCGACUGGGAUUUGGGCAGUGUGCUUUUUGGCAUUAUUACUGCAGUACUACUCGGCGCGUGGUACUCUAGGUACUUCUUAAUAAAUGAAUUUAAUAUUUUCGAUAACUUGUUAAUGAGUGAUUUCUUUGACAAUCUACUGAACGACCUGAUUGGGGCACUAGCAGAACCAGAAUAAUACAACUAGUUACUUCCAAUUGUACCAGAUAUUUUUACGCCCACCUGUACUCAAUUACAUCGACAGUGGGUUUGAUACUAAUAACCGGAAUAUUUACGGUAGUGAUGAUUGGCAUGCAUUUUCCUGAUAAUGAACCACAGGCCCGUAUUAUCCAUACCACAACAGUACAACCUCCACCGGAUCGUUGAAAGCGAUUAUGAAAUUUAAUAAAUUUGAUGUUCACUUGUUAAUAA